AUGUCGUCGAGGACCGGUUCAGUGCGCUCGACCCACACUGCGCGCUCGUCCAUCAACACCGCCGACCGCCUCGAGGCCCUGGUUCCAGGCGCAUUCCCUGAUCUGCGCUCUGCCAGUCAGGCCUCGCUCACCACCCAGCAAGUCUCCCUCCAGCAGAUCUUGUACGACCGCAGAGCCGAGUACACCCGUUCCCGCAAUGUCCGCAUCAAGGUCGGCUCCUGGAACGUUGCUUCCAAGAAAGGGACCGAGCAGGAUGUCGCUGCGUGGUUCGUCAGGGGCAAGGGCGUAGACAAGGCCCUGGCUGACCUUGGAGUCGCUGAGCCAAGUCGCAAGGAGGAGAAGCACAAGGAGACAGUGGCAGACCAGGAAGCACGCUUCGACAAGCAUGCGCCCACCGUUCCCUACGGCGAUUGGGGCUCGGUGCCGGGCGACGACGACGUCGAUCUAUACGUACUCGGCCUGCAAGAGAUAGUGGACAUCACUUCUGCAGCCGAGGCGCUGAAGCCAUACACCGAUCCCACCAUGGCCAACAAGUAUAAGGCUUCCCUCGAGGCAGCUCUCCCUGAGGGUUAUCAGCUCGUGGCAGAGCAGCAGCUGCUUGGGCUGUGGCUGGUCAUCUAUGCCUCACCAGCCCUCUUCCCCCAGAUCAAGAACAUCAGUACGACGAGCGUUGGCACCGGACUCAUGGGUUACAUGGCGAACAAAGGCGCUGUGACGGCACGAAUCGUCCUGGGCGAGACUACCCGCCUCGUCUUCAUCAACUCACACCUGGGCGCUGGAGCCGACAAGGCAGCUUUGGAACGCAGGAUCUGGGACGUUGCACAGGUCACCCAGAGGACGCGCUUUGCCCCAAUAGUCGAUUCGCUCGGCUCUUCACAGAAUCAGGGCGAGGGUCUUGGAGACGAAGAGUUUGCUUUCUGGUUCGGCGACUUGAACUUCCGCAUAGAAGGCAUGCCAGGCGACGACGUGCGCCGCUUACUCACUGUCCACACAAAAGAUAUGGACAGGGAGGGAGAGCGCCCCUCUACCUCGGACGACUCAGGCGACAUCACCAGGCAGUCCUCGGACGGUGCAAACGAUUCCGUUCCUCUACCGCCUGAGCUAGACCCAGCCUCUUUGCAGACAACCAUCUCGUGCCUGCUACCUCAUGACGAGUUGCACCAGCAGAUGAAAUUAGGGAAGGCUUUCCACGAUGGAUGGGAAGAAGGCCCAAUCAGGUUCCUGCCCACCUACAAGUACGACGUUGGCAAAGUAGGCGUCUUCGAUAGCAGCGAGAAGCACCGCUGUCCCAGCUGGUGUGAUCGAAUCCUUUACCGAACUCGCACCGGGAAGCAGCGGUACGAUCAGAAAGUCAAAGAGGAUGCAGAUACUCGCAGGAGAGAUGAAGAGAUGAAGAAGUUAGGAAUGGACAUGCCCGGCACUGCCGACGUGCUGUUUGACUACGACCCUGACACAGACGGCGACAAUGGUGAUUACGACGAGUACGAAGACAACACUGAAGACCCAGAACCUGAGCAAGUCAUGACCAAGGACGGGUUUCAAGAUGAGAUUCUGCUCGAAUACUACACAAACCACAUGCGAGUGCUGUCGUCCGACCACAAGCCGUUGGAUGCCGUCUUCUCGUUGAAGUUCGAUGCUGUGGUACCGGACCUCAAGGCUGCUAUCCACAGCGAAGUGGCUCGCGAGCUAGACCGCCAGGAGAACGAAGGCCGGCCCUCGAUAGCUGUCGUUGUUGAUCGCGCGACUGGCUCGUCAUCACCAUCAAACGACAAGAACGCGACAGACAGCAGCUUCGAUGGCGUCGACUUUGGCGAUGUCAAGUUUGCCAAGUCGAAACGUCGGAACAUUACCAUUGCAAACACAGGCCGCGUGCCUGCCACUUUCGGCUUCGCAGACCGUCCCAUCGAAGAAGAUCAGGACGCAGGCCCCUUCCCCUCCUGGCUGAGCGUCACUUUCGACAAGGAGUCUGAUGCGCGCUCCAAGUCUGGCCCAGACGACAUCCAGCAGCGCUACACGCUCGCGCCGGCCGAAGUCAUCAACGCCGAACUAAAACUCAAGCUCAAAGACGUUAGCUCUGUACGGAAUCUCAAUAAUGAAUCCGAGUCUCUUGACGAAGUCCUCGUUCUGCGUGUCGAGAACGGACGCGACCACUUUCUUCCCCUGCGCGGACACUGGCAGCCGUCAGCCCUGGCACGCACCGUGGACAAGCUGAUCAAGAUACCUGAAGGUGGAAUCAGGAGACUGCAGCACCAGAUGCCGAGCGCAAGCGAAACGGUAAAAUGGUCGGUGCCGCGAGAAAUAUUCAGGCUGACGGAGGCGAUAGAAGACCUGACUGAGCGCGCGCUCGCAGAGUGGGAUAUGACCAAGUCAUCUGAAGAUGAGAGGGCGCCGUGGAUGGAUAACGCGGGUUGGCCAUUUGUCAAGACGAGCGCGAACGGCGCGGCCUGGGAGGAGCAGCACGAAAACGAGCUUGCAGACCUCUACGAUGCGCUAGACACCGACUCACCCUUCGCGCCCGCAUUCGACCCGGCAACCCCAGCGCCGCAAAGAGUCGAGCUCCUAGCUGCCGUCCUGAUGACGUUCCUCUCCAGUCUCGAAGACGGCGUCGUCACAAAGGAUCUUUGGAAACACCUCGAGACCAGCAUUGUCUCGCAGGAGAAGAGUAAACAACAGCUCGAGCGCGACGACCAGAAGAUGGCCGUGCUGGAAAUCAUGGCAUCUCAACCUCCCCACAACGCAACCUUCCUCCUCUUGCUCUCCUUCCUGCAGAAUCUCGUCGCGCAGAUCUCGACCGCAAGUGCACCGGCGCCUGACGCCCCGCGCAAGAGCAUCGAGAUGCCCAGCAGCCCGCAGGCCAAAGUGCACAGGCGGACGCUGAGCAAGGUCGCUGGCGAAGCGGUCAGGCAGCUGGUCGUGCGAAACUACUGUGUAGUCUUCGCGGACGCCAUCUUCCGGUCCAACGAGGACAAGCGGAUGAAAGAAAAGGACAAGGCGAUUAGAAAGGAGAGGAUGAUCAGGGUUCUGGAUCUGUUUUUGGGCGAGCAGGAGUAG